CACUUUUACGUGGUGACCACGGAUGACCUGGACUGUGAAAUCCGAGUGAAAGCAGCCGAAAUCGACUAUGAAUGGAUCCAAAAGUACGAACUGAUCAUCGGGAUUGACACCCUCAGUGGAUACAUCAACGAACAGCGACACCAGGCCCGUGUCGUCAUCCGUGUGGUUGACGACAAUGAUAACGUGCCCGAGUUUGUGUCGCCAAGGGCAGAUGUCACUGGCAGCCGGUUCUUUUUCGCCGUUUCCGAAGACGCACAAAUUGGCACUUCCAUCGCUCAAAUUCAGGCCAGAGACAAGGACAGUGGAGUAAAUGGACAUCUGCACUAUGAGCUUCUUACUGAGUCAAACCAGGGUGUUUACUUGGGUAUUUCUGAGUCAACUGGGAUCAUCAGGAACAAGAAAACCCUGCUUCAAGUGCCUGCCCAUGAAUUGCCUUUCAAGCUCAAGGUGGUUGUCAAGGAUACACCAGUGAAUCCAAAUGACUCCAAGAAUGCUUCAGCUCCAGUUAUUGUGAACAUAGUGACUGAAACCAACAGGAUGGUGUUAGUAGUGCAGUCUGCUGUUCCAGAAGAAAUAAAAGCCCAAGAGAACACUCUCAUCAGGAUCAUAGAAGAACAUAGUGGAUUCAUUGUGGGUGUGGAGAAAAUAGAACCAAGGCACUAUGUCAGUCUC